GUCGCAAAUCUCAAAGCCGCUCUCUCUCUCUCUCAUGGCGUCCACCAACGCUUCCACUGACGCCACUGAUGCUCAAAUCUUCAAGAACUCCAUCAAAACCCCAUUCUCCUCUUUGAUUUAAAGCUCCGAUUCUUCAACACUUCUUCUGGGAUCUCUUUUUAUUUUCCGUCGCAUUUCGUUUGUUCGUCUCUGGGUUUCCAAUUUUUCUAGGUUACUCAUCUCAAAAUGGGGAGCAAGUGGAGGAAGAUGAAGAAGGCUUUAGGUCUGAAUCUCUGCACGUAUCUCCCAAGAACGCUAGAGGAACCACCAUCUUCUUGUUUGAAUUCCGCUGAGAAAUUGUCCGAUGCUGCUUUGCUCUCUCCGGUGAACUGGCCCAUGACUCCGACACCGUCUUCUUACGGUCUGAGGCUGUCCAGGAAUAGCAGCAAAUCUUCCAAGCAGACGUGCUCGAUUUGCUUGACUAAGAUGAAAGAAGGGGGAGGGCAUGCGAUUUUUACAGCAGAAUGCUCGCAUUCUUUUCAUUUUCACUGCAUUGCGUCGAAUGUGAAACAUGGCAACCAAGUCUGUCCAGUCUGCAGAUCAAAGUGGAAAGAUAUACCUAUGCAGCAUCCUAUGUUGGAUCUUCCUGUUCUGUUUGACCGGUCCCAUAAUGAUGCAGCCAUUAAUCUUGCCCGUCGCUUACAUCCCCCUCGUCGAGUUAUGAAUCAGGGACAUGCUCCGCAGAUACAGGCUUCUGAGCCAUCUAUGUUCAAUGAUGAUGAACAGUUGGAGCAGCUGCCCGUAAUUCCUGGAAAGAGCUCUAGCAGUAAUGAUGUUUCGGACAACAACCGUCCCGUAAGAAUGAUGGACAUCAAAAUACAUCCGGAGGUCUCAGCUGUCCCACGAGCCCAGUCUUGUGGGAACUUUGAUGUAUUAGUGCAUCUCAAAGCUGCUGCCACGGUUGCCGGUCAUGCUGUCUCUGAAAAUAAUCAGAUUUCUCAAUAUCCUCGAGCUCCGGUUGACCUAGUCACGGUGUUAGACAUCAGUGGAAGUAUGGCAGGAACUAAGCUUGCCCUGCUAAAACGGGCGAUGGGGUUUGUGAUUCAAAACCUUGGAUCCAAUGAUAGACUCUCAGUUAUUGCUUUCUCUUCAACUGCUCGUCGCCUCUUCCCUUUAACCCGUAUGUCUGACACUGGAAGACAGCAAGCCCUUCAAGCCGUUAAUUCAUUGGUUGCGAACGGUGGGACCAACAUUGCUGAAGGUCUUAGAAAAGGUACCAAAGUGAUGGAAGAUAGAAGGGAAAAAAAUCCUGUUUCCAGCAUUAUUCUUUUGUCUGAUGGGCGAGACACCUAUACCAUGAACCAGCCUGAGCCAAAUUACAAGUUGUUGCUCCCCUUGUCUAUGCAUAGCAAUGACAACAAGAGAUUCCAGAUUCCAGUUCACUCUUUUGGUUUUGGAUCAGAUCAUGAUGCAUCACUGAUGCAUUCUGUCUCUGAAAUAUCUGGGGGAACCUUCUCUUUCAUUGAGAGUGAAGCUGUUAUCCAGGACGCUCUUGCACAGUGCAUCGGUGGACUUUUAAGUGUUGCAGUGCAAGAGCUGCGAUUAGAAAUCGAUGGUGUGUGCCCAGAUGUUCGUCUUGGCUCAAUAAAAGCUGGAAGUUACUCUAGCGUCGUUCUCGAUGAUGGCCGGUCAGGAAUUAUUGAUGUUGGUGAUCUUUACGCUGAUGAAGAGAGAGAUUUCUUGGUCUCCAUCAACAUCCCUGCUGAGAAUGCUGGAAGUGAGACACCGUUGCUAAAGUUGAGAUGUGUCUAUAAGGGUCCCUUGACGAAGGAAAUUGUGACACUUGAAAGUCACGUGCUUAAAAUUCAGAGACCUGAAAAGGUCGGUCCAGAAGUCGUGUCGAUUGAAGUGGACAGGCAAAGGAACAGAUUCCUAGCUGCUGAGGCGAUGGCACAAGCAAGAACUUCAGCAGAGCAAGGUGAUUUAUCGACAGCUGCUUCCAUUCUCGAGAACUGCAGAAGGGUUUUGUCAGAGACGGCCGCAGCAAAAUCCCGUGACAGGUUCUGUGCUGCUCUGGACGCUGAGCUGAAGGAAAUGCAAGAAAGAAUGACGAGCAGGCAUGUGUACGAGGCAUCGGGAAGAGCUUACAUCCUCUCCGGACUCAGCUCCCACUCGUGGCAAAGAGCGACAGCAAGAGGAGGAGAUUCAAUAGACGUUUCAAGCCUGGUCCAGGCCUAUCAGACUCCAUCGAUGGCCGAGAUGCUACGCAGGUCUCAGGCCAUGUUUCUGGGAAGUCCCUCGAACCAUAGACUCAUCCAGCCAUUGUUGUCAUUCACCUCAGAGCCAAAACCGAGGUAAAAAGAACAGAAUUUUUGGGGAGAAAUCCAAUGUAAUCAACAAGCGUUUUGCCUCUUUACUCUUUUUUUGUGGAAAUGGAAGUGGAAACUAUUGGAGGGUUCUCUGGGUUUGUCUGUGAAGAGAAGAGAAUAAAGCAGGCAAGAGAAGGAGAGAUGUGAAAUAGAUUGUAUGUGGUGGGUUUGAGGUUAUGAUGUGAUGUACAUAUGGAGAGGAAUGCUCCCUCUAUUGGGUAUAAAAUAAAAGUUAGGUUUUUUUCA